AUGCCGCACCGCAGCCUUCCGACUUCACUCCUUCUUAUGAACAACAUCAAACAAAAGCGAGACCAUAUGACUCGCACCCACAAGUCCAACGACCGCGACCACGCCGGCCUCGCCUCCGGCACCGCCGCCCCCGAAGAGCAUCUCCCUCGCUACUUUGCCAAAUCCGGCUAUGCCGGCGAGGACCCCAAGACCACCAAGAAGCAGGGCGGAGGCAAAGGCAACUGGGGCCGCGAAGGCGAGUCCGAGCUCGAAGACUACGCCUUCAACCCCACCAAGCCGCGCCGUCGCACCAACAGCUCCACCGCCGCGGCCGGCCACUCGAUGCUCAAGACCAAGUUCGAGGCCAUCGAUCCGGAGGUCAUUGAGUACGAGGAGGAGGUGCACGGUCCGCCGCUGGAGGGUGACGAGGAGGGGUUGGAGAAGAUGAGUACGAGUAGCUCGGCGGGGACGAUGGGGAGUGUGGAGGAGGAGGAGGUUGCGAAUGAGAAGAAAUAG